GCUCUCCUCGCUUACCUUCUCGUUUUGAUCGUCGCCGUGGUCGUGCCUUUCGUUGCGUCCGUGUGUGUGCCGGACGUCCCGCAGAAGUUGCUCGCCGAUCCGGCAGUGCUGCAACACCCAGCAGUCACUUCAGCGCUCGAAACAAUUGAGCAGAGCUUGAGCGAACUAUUCAUUAGUACCACUCGCGAUGGACUGAGCUUCGCAAUCGUGCACGCCUCUACACCCGAGAAAGUCUUCGCAUUCAACAAUGGCACCCUCAAGAACAACGAGACUUUUCUGAGCAGUGCCGAGAAUGCCGUGACAAGCGAUUCAAUAUUCCGCGUGAUGUCCGUCUCGAAGAGCUUCGCGGUAUUUUCAGCACUGCUCGUGGAGAACCUCAGCAAGUUGCAUCCGAGUUUGCUUCCAGGAUUGACGUUGGAUACGCCGGUCCGACUCGCUCUCCCGCAGUUUGGACUGCCUGCGGAAGACUGGGAGGAUGGCGGACGGGAUAUUACUCUACGCAUGCUCGCAAGCCACAGUGCCGGAAUCCCGAGAGAAGGAUAUAGCACGGACUUCAAUAUGGUCACGGGGUUGGGGAAAGCCGAUGCUGAGACGAUUGGUGCUGAUUGGGCCGGAGCUACGCCUGAGGGGGUUAUUGAAGUCGUUCGGAAAACGAAUCUCAUGUUCGCACCUGGCCAAAGAGCAGCGUAUUCAAACGCCGGCUUAUCGAUCCUGGGAAGUGCAGUCGUGAACUAUUACAAUAACCUCACGGGCUCUGACUUGAUCUGGAGUCAGCUUACCAUGAAAGAGGUCUUGGCUCCGCUUAACAUGACGCAUAGCUUCUUCGGGCCCGUACCACAGGAUCUGAUACCUGAUGUCGGUGUACCCGGUGGUGAAAACUGGGCGGAUCUCUUGGUAGGAACUGGCUACGACCCCGUAGCCGGGAUGUGGACUUCGGCGAACGAUCUCACUAAAUAUCUCCACAACAUAUGGCUCCGCCCCGACCCCCCACCCCUCAUCACCGUUCCACAGCGUCGCCACUCACUCAAGCCCGAUCUCGCACUCCCAGACGGAAAGCAGCUCGUAGGCGCCGGAUGGGAAAUCGAUCUCUUCGAUGUACCAACCGCCAAUAGCACCCCAGGAGCUAACAAGACUUACUACACCUACGGCAAGUCUGGAGACGGCGGAGGCUGGCACGCUUGGAUAGACAUCGUUCCAAACCUGGGCUACGGCACUGUCAUUCUCUCGCAGCAGUCUGCGUUACCGGACUACAUUCCCAUCUCACCGACCAGCAUACGCGACUCCGUGCAAGCCUUGCUUAUUCCAGCGUUCGCUAAAGCGCUAACCGCUCGGAUGGGGGAACGGUUUGCGGGAUGGUACGCGGACGGCCGCGAUGCAGGAGAGAUGUCAGAGGAGGUACAAACUAAUGGCACAAACACAACUACGUACGCGAAGACCGAGCUCCAAGACCAGAUACUGUACUUGCGCGAUCUCGUCAUCAACGGCUCCAGUGCGCUAGAGGGUCUAGACCGCCUGGGUUGGACCGCGGACGAUCAAUCGAGGUACUUCUCCACUCCGGCAGGAGUUGCGCUUACUCCUGCAGAAGGCGCAGGUGAGAAUGCGCAGUUUGGCUCGCGAGCUCAGGUGUGGAGGAUGAUGCUGCCGGGUCUGGAGGUGUGCGACUGGUUUGAUUUUGAUGGUUAUAAGGACCAGAGCGGUUGGUCACUAAGUAAAGUUGUUCUGGUUGAGAGUGAGAGUGGGAAUGGUGUUGAUUUGCAUUAUCCGCCGUACGACAUCGUCCUCUCUAGAGUGAGGGGCUAG